UGCAAUCUCUCUCUCUUGAUUUCCUUUGGCUCUGGCUCUCACUCAUCAUUUUGCUGCUCGAUCUUUCUCUCUCUAAAAAGGUCUCCUGUAGAGAGAGAAUCACUCACAUUCCCCUUCUCAGAAGGAAGACAUCUUUCAUUUCCGCAACAUGAGACAGGCAUUUUAUCUUUAUACGUUGUUCCUAAAUCUGAUAAUUUGAAAAGGCAGGCUGUAUGUGGAGGCGAAUUGAAGGAUUUUAGUUUCAGUGAAGUGGUGAUAGACCUCUUUGUACUGAAUGCCGAGUAAAUUUUAAUGCCCACAAGGUGUUCGAUGUUUUGCUUGUGUGAGAUUUGAAGGGUCAAAGAUUCAAUCUUGGUUUUGGUAACUGUGCAUUCAGAGUUUACUUUGAUUGUUUCCAAGGAUCAUGAUCUGUUAAGAUCUCAGAAAUCAGAACUGGGAACUUUCUAUUGAAGGGUAAAUCUGGUAAAUAAGAUUUGUUUCACAUUUGAUGUCUGGAGCUCCAAGAGUCAGGUCUAUGAAUGUAACCGAGUCAGAAUCAAGAUCAAUCCUUGGGCUUACUGGAAACAAAUCUCUGGGUCCUUUAACCACACGAAAACCCAUAUCAAAGACAUCAAAAAAGACCGAAAUGUCCCCAGAAGAAGGGUCUAUAGGGGCAAAGAGUCGAGGAAUUGCAGCAUCAUCACCUCCUUUUAGCUCCACAGGUGUUCCUUCAAUAUUACGCAGACAGGUUUCACUCAAUGCUUCAUGUUCUUCAGAUGCUUCUACUGAUUCAUUUCAAAGUCGAGCAUCUACUGGUAGGAUUUAUAGAACAAAUAGCAAUGUUAGAGGGAGGAGACAAUUGGGUUUAAAACCAAAAACUCUUGUUGUUGAUAGUACUUCAGAAACUUCACCUGAUGAUUUACAGCCCAAGAAAAGGUGUUCUUGGGUAACAUCAAGUUCAGAUCAAUCUUACACCAUUUUCCAUGAUGAAGAAUGGGGAGUUCCUGUGCAUGAUGACAAAAAACUGUUUGAGCUUCUUGUGCUUUCUGGGGCUUUAUCAGAGCUUACAUGGCCUUCCAUUUUGAAUAAACGUCAUCUUUUCAGGGAAGUUUUUGUUGAUUUUGAUCCUCUGGUUGUUGGAAAAUUAAAUGAAAAGAAGCUUGUGGGGCCCGGGAGUGCUGCAAUCUCUCUGCUUUCAGAGCUUAAACUGCGGGCCAUAGUCGAAAAUGCUCGCCAAAUAUCCAAGGUGAUAGAUGAAUUCGGGUCAUUUGACAAAUACAUUUGGAGCUUUGUGAACUACAAACCUAUCAUUAGUAGAUUCCGAUACCCUCGACAGAUUCCAGUGAAAACACCGAAAGCGGACGUGAUAAGUAAAGAUUUGAUAAGGAGGGGAUUCCGGUGUGUGGGGCCCACGGUGAUCUAUUCGUUCAUGCAGGUGGCGGGGAUAACUAAUGAUCAUCUUUGUAGUUGCUUCCGGUUUCAGGAAUGCUUGGAGGAAGUUGUUGGAUUGAUUAAAGUUGAAGAAGAUGAUCGGAAAACUACGGAUGAUGGAAUGGAAUCGUGCAUACGGAAUGGAAUUGAGGAGUUGAGUUUCUAGUGAGGGUGGUGAUGUGUACUUAAGAUAUAUUUAAGAUGGUUAAUUAUGGUUAUGGAAACCGAGUUUCUAGAAAUUUCAAUGUUGAUUAUGGUAAUCGAGUUUGUAUAGUGGGAAAGAUUAGGAAGUAAACG